GAUUGGCUAGAAUCUUACUUUGGACAACGCCCAUGGCGCGGCUGCUUUCAGUCCAGUGAAAGACGCCAUUUUGUCGUUAGCGGUGACGAGGAGAACAGGGAUAUUGUUGGAAAGCAGCACUGAAAAGAUCUGCCACCAUGGGGAACAUGUUUGCAGGCCUCUUUAAGAAUCUCUUUGGGAAGAAAGAGAUGCGAAUCCUGAUGGUGGGUUUGGAUGCUGCCGGCAAAACCACCAUCCUCUACAAACUCAAACUGGGAGAGAUUGUCACCACCAUCCCCACUAUCGGUUUUAACGUAGAGACAGUAGAAUAUAAAAACAUUAGUUUCACGGUGUGGGAUGUUGGCGGUCAGGAUAAGAUCCGGCCGCUGUGGAGGCACUACUUCCAGAACACACAAGGUCUGAUCUUUGUGGUGGACAGUAAUGACAGGGAGCGAGUGAACGAGGCCAGAGAGGAGUUGACGAGGAUGCUGGCUGAAGAUGAGCUCAGAGAUGCUGUGCUGCUGGUUUUCGCCAACAAACAGGAUCUGCCUAACGCUAUGAACGCAGCAGAGAUCACAGAUAAACUGGGUCUGCACUCACUGCGGCACCGCAACUGGUACAUCCAGGCCACAUGCGCUACCAGUGGAGACGGGCUAUACGAAGGCCUCGACUGGCUUUCCAACCAGCUGAAAAACGCUAAAUGAUCCAUUCCACCCAGCCCUCUGCGCUCUGUGUGUGUGAUGUGUGCGUGUGAGAAUGGCGGCGCUGGAUUUAGUCUCUCGGUCACCCACUUUAUCCACCCCUUUCUUCUUUUGUUUGGUUCUGUAGACUUUAGAGGCUCUCCCCAGUGCUGACUUGUGUACACACAUACCGGAAUGGAAGUGUGUGCGUGUGUGUGUGUGUGCGUGUGUGUGUAUGUGUGUCUGAGUGAGAAAUGAGAGUGGGAGCAGCCCUGCUGUGCUUUUGAACACAUGCUCCUCGUACAGCUCGCUUGUCUCUCUCUCUCUCUCUCUCUUUCUCUCUCUUCAUAUCCCUCAUCUCCCCAGUUUUCACAAAGCAAAGAAUGACCCAGGAUGCUGAAUGUUUUAUUUACUUACACACAGAAUAAAUGAAUAUAUUGAAAUAAGUCUUGAUUUCCAUCCUCUGAUGAUAAAACAGUCACGCAUGUCUAAGAUGUUACGAGCCGUUGUCACCGUAUUUUGCCCCACUUAUGAUGAAACUCAUUGUAACCUGCAUCAGGUUGGGAGAAAAAAAAGAAAAAGACAAUAAAGUGAUUUUCCAUCCUAGAUCCUUCUUUGCGUUAUUUUAGAAAUGAGGCUCAUGAGGUUGCCAUGAACAUCGCUGUUUCCUGAGGCAUAUUGAGGCCUGACUAGUGUAAUGAAAGCCCAGCGUUUUCUCUGAAGUACACGGUUGUCGGUUCUGGAUAACAGGAAGUAAUGCAUUUGAAAUGUUUCACCUCGCAUUCUAAUGUAGCUAACAAUAAGGGGAUGAUGAUAAUAGCAUGAUUUUCGUUUAGUCCUAAUUAGUGACUCUGCGUUAAUCCAUUGUUGGCGACAUUGGCAAUGUUUAUGACUGAACUGUUGCUUUAAAAUGUAAGAGUUGUUUGUUCAGCGUCUGUCUUUGAGACUGAGAGGAGGCUUAUCAAGGAGCAGUGAGGCCAUUUUAGAGCUGCUCCCACUCAUUUUUCAUUUUUCUUUUUUUUUUCUUGUUUUUAUUAAAUGUUGUUCCCCACCUUUAGCCUUGUAAGAGUCACAGCAACCAUAACCACGUCUUUUAAAUGCUGCAGAAAAAUAAUCCUUAACUAAACGUACUCACCACACAAUAAGAGGGAAAAGCGCAAGUCCUGGAUCCGAGGGAAUAAUAGCAGAUUGGAAAAAAACAAAACAAAAAAAACAAGGAUAGCUCCGUCAAAAAUCAAAAUGGCAGCCUUUUCUGGACAGCCGGCUGUGUUGUGUUUACAUCCGAGCAAAUUAAUGUCACCGUUUCUGAAUAACCGGUUUAAUCCGCUCUCUGAUUUUAAGCUCCAUCUUUUUGUUUCACUUCUUUCUUGAAAAAUCAUUCAACCCUUUUGGAAAAAAAAAUGUACGUAUAGCAUAACAGCCAGCUGCCGACGUUGAUUUUGACAAACUGACAGUUUCUUUUCCUCUGUUAUCUGUAUUCCAAAGGCUUCUGGGAAUGUUACAUUGAUUACAAACCAACACCCCAAAGGUCAUGACCCUGUACUGACCUCUCAGAAAGGAACGGGUGAAUGUGCACCCUCAUCAGAUCCACAACUGGAUGUUUUGCGGACAUUUUGUUUCCUUUUAUUUCUUUCUGUUUUUUUUUUUCUUUACACAACGCACCAAAACUCAUCAGAGUUUCAAAAACUCUAAUGGCUUUUUUUUUAUUAUUAUUAUUGUAAUGAUCUUGUAGACCUACUGUAGUGGAUGAAAUUAACUGAUUUAUUUGAAUGACACAUCAUCUAUCUGGAAGGUAAAUAAAAAUGUGUAAGAAAAUGUAUUUUAGCUAGCCUCUUCAUUUAGCUACCCUAUGUUCUGAUGUGAAGCUUUAAUUUUAAGAAUUUCUGUUAAAAAAAAAACCGCAAAAAUAAAGUGUGCAUAUGGUUGUUUUUUUUCUUUUCUUAGAUUUUCCUUUCUCUUUUUUGUUUCUAGCUUUUUUAACCCAUCUUGUAACAUCUGAGAAAUGCACUAUAAUAAAGAGAUCUCUAUUACAAAA